CUUGCAGUAAGUAAGCAAGCAAACGAAAAUGCCGAAAUGCGAGAAAAGACGGUGGAAAGGCAAAUUAGUAAGUGAAAAAGUAUACCAACAGAGAUUAAAACAAAGUCAAAAUUGUAAAACUGUAAAUGAAAAUAAAAUCAACGCAAACUCAAAAUUCGAGAACCAAACUCAAAAUUCAGAACCACAAAAUGAAUCAACUCAAUCGGACUACAUGGAAGGACGCCGCAUAGUUGAAUUUUCCGUUCUCGCUGAGCAAUUCUGGUGUGUGUCACGCAAGGAAGCUCUUUCUCUAAGUUAUAUAGAAAAAGAAAUGCACAGAGGCUUGGGCUCGAUAUUGUUGGUUAGGUGCCACAAAUGUUUACUAAUAAAUUCAGUCACCACGAGUAAACAACACAGCUGGGCAAAUCGACGCUUGUCUCGUUUUGACGUAAAUACUAAAGCAGUAAUCGGUGUUCUUCAUGGUGGAUUAGGACAUACACAUCUCAAAAAAAUACUAUCCUGUUUAAAUAUUCCAACUAUUGAUUUCAAGACAUUCAAGAGAUAUGAACAAGAAGUUGGACAGGCAACAGAGAGUAUUGCGAAGGAAAGUUGUCAGAACGCAGCAGAUUUGGAACGGCAACUCACAUUAGAGAAUAUAGAAAACAUUCAACAGCUAUUACCAGAGAGUUUACAAUCCAACUUUAUAAUUCCUAAUCAAUCUCAAGUAGAGGAAGCGUCAGUAACUUUCAAUGAUGUUGUGCGCAUUAUGGUUUCAUAUGAUAUGGGCUGGAGCAGGAGAGGUACUGGAAGAAAUUAUGAUAGUUUGAAUGGAUUUGGAGCAAUAAUCGCAUGUCUGGACUUGUUCUUGAUUACUCAACUCGUAAUAGAAAAUGUAAAAAAUGCGAUAGCGGAAAUCAUCCAGCUAAUCAUGAUUGUCGAUUAA